CCCCUGUUGCUUCCCAGGUACUACAGGCCGCCUGCAAAUUAAGCUGCCUAUAAAGGCUUGGUCUUUCUUAAGUUCCUAGCCAGCUUCGCUUCUUCUCCAUCACAACAAAGCUUCCUCCGCUAUCCAAAGUAGCAGGAUUGCAACGUACCUACGUACGAGAGCCCAGCGGCAUGGAGCGACGGGAUCUGGGUGCAUGGCUUGGCCUAGCAACAGGCGGCGGCGCCGCGUGGCACACCCACGACGGCGAGCGGCGGCCUGACCCUGUCCGGCUCGACGAGCUGUUCCCGCAGCGCGGCAAAGAGGAGCGUGAUCAUGGCGAACAAGUGGCGAGAAAUACGGGAGGGAAAGGUGCAAGGCGGAAGAUAAAGGUCGGCGGCGAUGACGAGGGCCGAUCGUCCUCGUCGAACGGUCCGUGUCUGAGCGAUGGCGGUGGCAGUGAUGGCGGCGGCGGCGGGGGCAGGAGGAAGAAGCUCCGGCUCACCAAGGAGCAGUGCGCCCUGCUGGAAGGCAGCUUCCGUGCCCACAACAUACUUUCUCAUGUUCAGAAGCAGGAGCUGGCACGGCAGCUGAAUCUGAGCUCGAGGCAGGUGGAAGUGUGGUUCCAAAAUAGAAGAGCCAGGACAAAGCUGAAGCAGACGGAGGUGGACUGCGAGUUCCUGAAGCGGUGGUGCGAGAGCCUGACCCACGAGAACCAGCAGCUGAAGCACGAGCUCCUGGAGCUGCGGCGGUCGGCGGUGGCGCCGGUGGCAGCCGGCUCAAAGCUCUUUGCCCAGCUCCCCAGGGCGGCGGCCAUGAUGAACUUAUGCCCGUCCUGCGAGAAGGUCGCCGUGAAUAAUUAGCCUCCGCAUAUAUAGUUCUGGAGGCUUUAGUGAAUUCGCGUAGACUAAUUGAGUGCUCUGAUAACUUUUAGUCCUUGACGAUCUUGAAUAUAUGGGGAUACCAUGGCGUUGCAUGCAGCCUCAGUCAUCCUAUUUGUUUGUUCUUAUACGAAAUAAUUGUUCAUGGACGGGAUCCGAAACUACAAGAGGAAAUGGAAUUUGUUUUUUUUUUCCUUUGCCGGGAAAGGAAAUGAAAUUUGUUUUUUUUUAGGGGAAUGAAAUUUGUUGGAUCGAUGUUCUGCUUCCUUUAUCCACUUUUCCUCUUUCAGGCAUUUUGUUUCCGUUGCUUAUUUCCCGUUAUAAGAAUCUUACGGUGCAUGUAUGGAGCAUUUAAACAUGGGAAUAAAUAGAAAAAUAUUCUUAAAUAAUAAGUGUCACAUGUGUGGCACAAAGAACUCCGGCCCAGACAUUCUUUUACAACUAAAGUUGGCAUUCAAAAAGAAAAAACGAAGCAAAAAAACCUAAAACUUGCCAUCCGAAAAUAAGUUGCCAUGCUUGACAACUAAAAUUGCCAUCCUCACGUCAAUAAACUUGCCAUCAAAAUAUUCAGAGUUGCCAUGUGUUCGUGCCACACGUGUGAUACUUA